AUGGAAGCAGAAGCAGAUGUUGUGAUUGUGGGAGCUGGAAUUUCUGGCCUUGCAACAUCCUUAGGACUUCACAGGCUGGGGAUUAGAAGCUUGGUGUUGGAAUCAUCUGAUAGUUUGAGGACAACAGGUUUUGCAUUGACAACAUGGACAAAUGCAUGGAAGGCCUUAGAUGCCCUUGAUUGCCAAUCUCAACCGAAUGUAACUUCCUCAAGAAUUACAGGGCUUCAAACGUUUGAGAUGUCAUUUAAGGCCAAAGGAAAGCACGGAGACCAUGAAAUUCGAUGCGUGAAAAGGAACUUGUUGUUGGAAGGCCUUGCAAAUGAACUCCCCAGUGGCACCAUCAGGUUCUCAUCCAAGGUGGUUUCCGUUGACGAAUCGGGCUACUUUAAGCUGGUUCAUCUCGCAGACGGGACCAUCCUCAAAGCCAAGGCCUUGGUUGGGUGUGAUGGAGUGAACUCCGUGGUGGCAAAAUGGCUCGGCUUCAAGCAGCCGGCAUUUACAGGUAGAUCUGCUAUUAGAGGUUGUGCUACCUUCAAGAGCAGUCAUGGAGUUGAUCCCAAGUUCAAUCAGUACUUUGGGAAUGGUAUUAGAUCUGGUGCCAUCCCUUGUGAUGAUACAAAUGUUUACUGGUACAUUACUUGGACUCCCUCUAGCCAAGAGAAAGAGCUAGAAGAGUACCCAGCUCAACUGAAGCAAUAUAUGUUAAGCAAGCUUGGAAAGAUACCUGAUAAAGUAAAAGCUGUGGUAGAAAACACCGAAUUGGAUGCUUUUAUAUCCUCUCCAUUGAGAUAUAGGCAUCCUUGGGAGCUUCUUUGGGGAAACAUCAGCAAAGGCAAUGCUUGUGUCGCAGGAGACGCGCUCCACCCUAUGACCCCAGACAUUGGCCAAGGCGGCUGCGCUGCAUUAGAAGACAGUGUUGUAUUGGCAAGGUGUCUUGGUGAGGCCUUGUUGAAGAACUCAGGGGGAGAAAGAAAAGAUAAGGAGGGUGAAGAAGGAAAGGAAGAGUAUGAGAGGAUUGAGAUGGGGUUGAACAAGUAUGCCAAUGAGAGGAGAUGGAGAAGCUUUGAUCUGAUUAGUACAUCUAGAGUGGUUGGUUUCUUACAAGAGAGUAAUGGAAAAUUUAUGAACUUCUUCAGGGACAAAUUUUUUUCUCCAAUCCUGGCUGGUUUGUUGUUGAAGAAGUCAGAUUUUGAUUGUGGGAAGCUCAGCAUCUCUUAA